UAAAGAUAAAUCAUCAUUAAAAAUAUUUACUAGAUUACAGAUAUGUUUGCAUAAUCAAUUGAUUAUGCAAAAAUUAUGAUUCCCACAUGUGAUAGUUUAAUUUUUUCAAAAAUCAUAAGAAAAUAGAAUUUUAGGGAGAAUAUAAAGUGUGAAAGGGACCAAAUAAUAUUGUGGUGAGGGCUAAUGGACUAAAUGAAAAACGAGGAGAUAAACAGAGAACUGGUUAAAAUAGAAGAAUCGGAAUCUGAGGUUAGGUAUAAGAUAAAGAAGUGUUUAUUGUGUGUGAAAUAAUGUAAUAUAAUUAACAAAAUCAAAUUGUAAGAUGAUUAAAACUUCUGCAUUUUAUGAUUUAUGUAUACAGCAAUCAUUUUUCUCUCAAGACAAUUUAGAAAAAUCCAUAAAAUCCCUUUAUCAAUUGGGAUACCGCACUAUUGCCGUAAAUCAGACUAUUGAAGAUAUAAAUAUUGAGCAAUCUAAGAAGAAAAAGAAAAAAGGAGGAUCUAAGGAAAACCAAGAUAUUGUUCCUGUACCUUACAAUUUGAGUGCAAUCCAAGAUGUGAUUAAGAAACUAGAUAUUGACAAUUUUCAUGUUUUUAAUCGAUUAACAGUGAUAUUCGCGAAUCAAGAUGGUCUUCAUAAAAUUACAAAGUCACCAAAUUUCAAAAAGUACCACAUCUUUGCAGUUUCACCUACUACUAAUCAGGCACUUCUGUAUACUUGCAGCACUCUUGAAGCGGACAUCUUUGCGUAUAAUCCUGAAAUCAAAUUUGAUCUACGUUUGAACAGAAAAUUGUACACUCAGUUAAUGGAAAGGAGUUAUUACUUUGAAUUAUUAUAUAGUCCUGCUAUUGAAGAUAGCUCACAGCGUAAACAUUUAAUACAUGCUUCCCAUCUUUAUCAUUCUUAUGGAAAAUCGAAAAACAUAAUUUUUUCAAGUGGAGCUAAUCGACCUGCUCUGAUAAGAAACCCAUAUGAUGUUAUUAAUAUGGGCUUUUUAUUUGGUUUAAGCGAGUUACAAUGCAAAACUGCAGUUUCCCAUUGUCCUAGUAAAGUAAUUUUAAAUUCUGUGGGCAGAAGACUUGGUAAAUCUGUAAUGUUUGUAGAACAUGUAACUAGUACAAUGGAAGUGGUUGAAAUUAGCAGUAACGAUGAUGAAGAAGAAGAAAUAGAUACUGAGGAACCGAAACAGAAAAAAACUAAAACUUGAAACAAAAAUUACAUUAUAUAGUUUUUGGAUUUUUUGUAUUAUUAGAUAUCAAAUAUAUGUUUAAUAAAAAAUGUUUUAAAAACUGAUAUUGUUACGUUUUUAAAUUUUGAGGAAGUUUUUUGAUGAAUGUAAAAAGGCCUUUCCAGGAAUUCAUUCUACGAAAACGGCAUUGACAUACUGCGAAUAAGUUAUAAAAAGAUUUGUCGUUCUUGGAAAUUUGUACACCAAAUUUUAGAUGUUAUUAACAUCAACAUAAACUAACAGGAUCGGUUGCACGGUUCAUGUUGUGGACGAGUUCGUAACACUAUAUAGUUAUAACUGAUAUUGUUAUAUUAAUUGCAUGUUACAUUUUUAUCAAUUGAUUUCUCUUGUUAGUUAUUUAUCUAGAUAUUUGAAUAUAUUUAUUAAAUUUUA